UGUCCCAGUUACCGGAAAAAAUCAAGUUGAUUCAUAUAAAGCUGCCUGGGACUCAUGAUGCCUGCACUUGGAACUAUACGCCCGAAGUUCAAAAGUCUCUGGAGCACUACACUGGCCCGAUCCCGGACUCGACCAUAUUCCGUUGUCAACAGCAUUCGUUAUUCCAGAUGCUCAAUGAGGGAAUCCGUGUCUUUGACCUUCGCCAUGCCUGGAAUCCUGGUAUGGAUACAAUUGGAUUUUAUCAUGGCCAGGCACUCCUCGCCCCAACGACGAGGAUGGAGGAUGUCUUCUUCGGGUUCUACACCUGGCUGGAAAGGCAUCCAACAGAGACCAUUCUGGUAUCGUUGAACUAUGAGCCCGCAGAAGGUAGAUCAAACGAUGCAAAGCUGCAAGAGGCAUUAUAUCGCAUCCUCACUGGCCCACUCGCGAAGAGGUACUGGCUUCAGACGAGAGGAAAGGUUGGAACCCUGGGCGAAGCGCGAAGCAAGCUCACUCUCCUUCAACGUUUCGACUUCGACCUCCUUUCCGCUCACCUAACCGAACGAAUUGGGAUACACCUCGAUCCUCGCCAGUGGACGGUCAACGGAAAAUCGACCAAAAUUAUUUACAACGAAGAGGAAAACCACAUCGCCUAUAUCCAGGUACGCUCAGACGGAGUAUCGUCAGCCAGCGGGAGAAGUUUCCAUGCAAACAUCCCAUACGCGUGGUACCAAGGAAAUCUCCUCAGUCCGAAAAGCUGCACUUGCGAAGCUAAUGUAUAGU